UUAUUCUGGUUUUGAGUUGUGAUACGCGCUAGGUCGCGAUACGUAUCACGGGAGGUUAUUUACGCUCAAAACGGAGUCGGAGUGGUGUAUUGCAGUGUCAUAUUCGCGAUCUACAGAUUUUCGAGUGUGAUACUAACGUUGCUCUGGAAUUCGCGCAAGACGGAGGAUUUGUUUUGUCGGGAAUUGGGACUCGCGGGUGCAAAGUACAAACUAGCCAAGGUGCGUAAUUUGUUGGUUUGCGGAGCAGCUGUCAGCAGUGAGUUUUGAAAGACAUAACCUCGAAAUUAUUGUUGUCAUUUCGAAGUUGAUUGGAAAGCGACAGCCUAGAGUGAACGGGUCUCGGAAGGGCAUUUCUUAUUGCGAAUUUAUACUGUGUGUUGUGCACGAAAAACUAAAUCAAUAGCAAAUCGACAAGUCCAAAGUGCCAGUUUCGUGAAUAUUUACAUUCGGUGGAGUCGGGAACUGAUUAAGUGGAGAUAUUUAUGUUUUUUCUGGGCGAGAAGUGAAACUGUGACGUCUUGACUUUUCAACUGAAAUGGUGUCCGUGAAAUGAUGGCGCUCAGUUGAUCCAUUGCUUGAACCGGGUCAGUGAUAGAUAGUACGGUAAACAAUUUACGAAACUGCGUGCCGGAUCAACCUCUUCUGUUGCAGUAACAGGACAUGAUCUAGUGGACCAUUUCACAGACUUUCUCCGCGGAUACGUCAUGAUUGCGGUGCUUAUCCCUAGCCAUUACCAUCAUCUAACUUACGAUUCCUCCGACCUUCUCUUUGCUGGCGAAUUUCUUCAGUAAGUUUUCUACGGGCAGAACAUUAUUUACAUGUGGAAAUGUAAAAGGUGAAGCCUAUAGCGUUCGCGAACUCGAUCACACGUCUCCGUGAGUGCGCACUACAAUCGCGAUCGCUGUCCCCGUUGGUGGUGAAGUGCCCCUGCAAGUGAAAGGAGUUUCUCCAGAAGACGAAAGCGAGCUCAAGAAAAAAGAAGCUGCCGCGGUGAUUUUGCAGGGUCGUUGCACACCGUCAUCAUUGUCAUAAUCAUACUAGCUUUGAUCCGGAGAAACGCAUGAUCUGCAACAUUUUUAACCGUUUUGCCUUCAUAUGAAAAAAUCGUUGCCUAAUUUUUCGAUUUGUGAAAAGUCCGAAGUGGUGGUAUGAUAGCAAAUCGUGUAACCUGCAGUGCUGUGAUGUAAUUUUUACAAAAAAAAAAUUAUACAAUUUAAUUGUAUUAUUGUUUCUAGAAGUUAUCGGAAAUUUAGAAAGUUCAUUUCAAAGUGUGGUUGGUGGAAUUCGUAUCGAGAAUGAUCAGUUUCGCCCAUGUUUGUGCCUAGAGAAAUAUUACUCGCCGUUAUCCUUGCAUUGUUUCGAAUGAAGAAGUUAUAGAAAAGAUGAAAAUGAGUCGUCAAUUGUGUACGCAGAUGUUACCAACGAAAGGAUUUCACACUACUAGUACCACGUCAGCUAGUAGUAAUAAUAACACUGCGGUGUUGGGAAGCAAUUCGAAAAUGGGGACCGCCUCGCUUAAAGAACCUGAUCACGAAAGUGGCUACUACGAAGAUGGUCCGUUUGUGGAAUUCAAUCGCGGUAAUAGCUAUCGUCAUCCUAACUGCAUCUAUGAGACACAACCGCAGACGAAUCGUCGACGUUGUGAAAACCCAAAUAAUUCGGCACCGUAUCAAAAUUCUAAACGUCCGCGACUAGAUUCGGAUGGUGAAGUUGCUCCUGCACCGAAAUCGUACCGCGGCGGUCGUGAAGUUCGCUCGAAUAAACUGAACUGCGUAUCCUCCGGCAAUGACGCAAUAAGUUCAUCACCAAAACACGAUAGUAGUGCGGUGAAUACAAAACGACCGCCCAAUAGUAGUUCACAACAGAAGCAUCCAUUACAAAAGAAUUACUGUGAUGAUAGUAGUAAAGUUUGCAAUUCUAGUGGUGGUUCAAAUUGUUUCUCAUCGAAUAAUGUAACAAAAUCCAGUGGUAGUAGUAAGGGUGAAAGUAGUGCGAUACCGUCUAAUAGUACGUGCAAUAGUACGACGGCAAACAAUAAUAAUGUUCAUGUGGUUCUGGUCGAUAAUAAUACCCCAACUACCGGUGAUAAACGACCAUUAUCCGAUGAUCCGGCUGUUACGAAACGUGAAAGUAGUGGCGAAACAUCAGAAGCGGCACGAAUGCGUACCGAAAAAAGUGAUUCGGUCGUGUGUACCGGCGUGUACAAUCCAUUGGAAUUGGAAAUUGAGGAAAUCUCAAGAAUUAGAACUGCUGUUCAACUCGCUAAUGAAGAAAAAGUCGACAUGACACACUUUGACCCACUUAAAGUACUUGGAACAGGCGCAUACGGUAAAGUCUAUCUAGUACGCAAAAAAGGUGGAAGCGAUCAUGGGAAGCUUUAUGCAAUGAAAGUGUUAAAGAAAGCAACAAUUGUGCAAAAGAAGAAGACAGCAGAGCAUACACGCACAGAAAGACAGGUGUUAGAGGCUAUACGCCAGAGUCCCUUCCUUGUUGGAAUGCAUUACGCCUUUCAGACCGAGACCAGACUGUAUUUAGUAUUGGAUUACGUUAGCGGCGGUGAAUUGUUCACCCAUUUAUAUAAAAAUGAACAUUUCACGGAAGAUGAAGUUCGAAUUUAUAUCGCAGAAGUUGUAUUGGCCUUAGAACAAUUACAUAAGUUAGGAAUAAUCUACAGGGAUAUUAAGCUAGAGAAUAUAUUAUUGGAUGCCAAUGGGCAUAUAGUAUUGACUGAUUUUGGAUUAUCCAAAGAAUUACAUGGGUCCAAUGAACGAGCCUACAGUUUUUGCGGCACUCUGGAGUAUAUGGCACCAGAGGUUGUUCGCGGUGGUAGCGCUGGACAUGAUACAGCUGUUGACUGGUGGUCGGUUGGCGUGCUGACCUAUGAGCUAUUAACUGGUGCCUCCCCAUUUACCGUAGUCGACGAGAGGAAUACUCAACAUGACAUAUCGAGACGUAUAUUGAAAACGGAACCGCCUAUCCCCGAUGAAUUAGGGUCUGAGGUGAAAGAUUUCAUUUCGAAAUUGCUCGUCAAGGAUCCAAAGAAGCGACUGGGUGGUAGUAAAGCCGAUGCAUCUCAAAUCAAAUCGCAUCCGUUCUUCCGAAAGGUCGAUUGGACCAAGUUAUCCAGAAAACAAAUACCUGCGCCAUUUAAACCUAAAAUUGAAAGUGAAUUGGAUACAAGUAAUUUUAGUGAUGAAUUUACUAGGCUUCCAUUGAACGACUCGCCGGCUGCAGUUCCUCCCAACUCAGAUCGAUUGUUUCGGGGCUACUCGUUCGUAGCUAGCAGACAUCUUAACAAAAACUACAGUUUUGAAUACACAUUCUCCGAUAGCAAUGAUAGUGAUAAUAAAUCAUUUAACCAAAUAACCUUUGAUUAUAAUAAGAACUCGCCUUUCUUCGCUAAAUAUGAGCCUGUAUCGAAGCCAAUCGGCCAUGGAUCGUUUUCCGUUUGCAUGGAGUGUAUUAAUCGAACUACCCGUCAAAGCUAUGCUGUGAAAAUUAUGAAAAACUCGAAAGAAAUCGACUAUGAAAUCGAGACAUUGAAAAUCUGCCAAGGAUGUCCUAAUAUUGUAAAACUGAUUGAAGUUCUGAGAGACAAUGAGAACACAUACAUUGUGAUGGAGUAUCUUUCAGGAGGCGAGCUUCUGGACAGGAUACGAGAGUCAAGUCGGUUUACCGAAGAUGAAGCAGGACAUUACUUCUGCCAGAUUGUUAAAGCUGUGAGUACAAUGCAUGCUCAGAAUAUCGUACACCGCGAUCUGAAGCCAGAAAACAUCCUAUUCACGGAAUCUGGUUCGCGAACAUUGAAAAUUGUUGAUUUUGGAUUUGCAAGGCAACGUAAAGCCGAUCAGAUUAUGUCACCCCCUUGCUUUACGUUGGACUAUGCGGCGCCGGAAGUUUUGACAACUUCGGAAGAAAAUGCUUGUUACAAUGAUGCCUGUGAUAUUUGGUCGCUAGGAGUGAUCCUGUAUACAAUGCUCUGUGGGCAUGCACCUUUCAGAAAAAGAGAAACAGCUUCGUCGCGAACUAAUGCCAACAGCAUUGAAGAAAUUGUUAAGCGGAUUAAACGGGGAUCAUUCGACACAGAGUCAAAUGCUUGGCAGUUUGUAAGUCGUCAAGCUAAGGAUUUAGUGCAGGGAUUGCUUACGGUGGAUGCGAGAAAUCGAUUAAAAAUCGAUCAAGUAUUACAACACGAAUGGUUUAGAAAAGUUCCUACAACGGCAUUGUAUUGCCCAAAUCGCCGUGUUAGUUUCGAUCAGGUCGCAGAUGAAGUUCGUGACACGUUUGACGCCUUCACUCAGGCCCGCGAGCAAGGCUUCCGGCUACAAGACGUAGAAGCGGCAAAUCUUGCAAAACGUCGUCGACAGAAAAAGUCAAGCUCAGCAUCAGCUGUGAGUUACGGAGCGGAAAGCAUCACAAGUGGCCUGGGUCGGAGUAAGAGUUCUAGUGGGAUCGUUGCGUCAGAUCCAAAUAAUCGUUCCAGUAGUGUAGCUACCUCAAAUUCAUCUUCAACUGAAAUAAUUCUGGACGAGCAGGAUAACAAUAAUGGCAAUGGAAAACUUGUAGGCAGUAAGGGACAGAUCGAGCGUUGCAACGAAAGCAAAGAUAGUUGUGAGACGAACUCUACGGAUAAACCUGAAUAUAAGCCAACGUCUCUAGCUCAUAGUGUUGAAAUGGUACAACGUCCAAAGUCAGAUCCGAGUCAGUUCACUUUCAGCGAUAAGCAUGUGAAAGGAUAUCUGUCGAAAACCUGCCUUGAUAACGACCAAGCGAAUUUCUUCGGUUUCAGUGCUAGCGAAAUGAAAUACGGUAAAACCUCUUUAAGUCAAUUGGACCUGGUAAUCAAGGCCCUGAAAAAGCGAGUGGUGAAACGUGAUCGUAACGUCAUUUCCAAUACAAGAAUGCCAAAUAAGAAAAUUCAGUCAACGCGACGCGAUGCGCUUCGGAAAAAAGCCGCCGACACGAAAAGAGUAACUGCCUCGACAUGCACCACCUCUCAACGAACCACCCGCAGUCGAGUCGCAACGAAAGAUUCUAAUCCGAUCGGUGGAAACGCUGUAAAUUUCUCAACGGGCGUGCCAACUAAGUCCGAGGUGUCGAAUCCUGCAUCUAAAACAGUACCUGAUCGACCAAUGACACGACUUGCACGGCGAAUGGGUCGCCGCGAGGCAAUCUCCGAUCGUUUCGAUCUAUUAUCUGAGACUCUGACAAAACGUCGCGGUCGAAAGCAACAAUGAUUAAUAGUAAUUGAUAAGGGUAGAUUGAGUUUUGUGAAGAUUUCGAAUCUACUAUGUAGGCCAUGUGCUAAAAGUGUUUAUGUACAUUGUCAUAUUUAUGGUUGCUGGAUGAUAGGAAAGAAUUUGGAGUUAAUUUUACAUAGAAUAUCAAUUGAAUACGAUUAUUGUAAUUUUUCUCAUUACUACAAUAACAUGAAGUGUCUAUUUUGUUUUGAGUCGUAUUAUAUUGAUUAUUAUUAUUAUUCGGAGGCAAUCAUUUUUUUUGUUGAUUUUAUUUUUAGCUCAUGUUUUUAAGUUUAGUGAAAUAAACGUUUUUGUAUUUAUUCCUCCAUAAAGACAAAAAUCUGUAUCCUCAUAAAAUUUAAGGUUAUUUAUAUCAUUGCUAAGGAGGAUCCUACCAGCAAAUAUCUGUUUGAAUUUCUUUAUCUCGGAAUUGUGCGACUUCUGUUCAGGUUUCGGAUUGGGAUGGGAAUGGAGAGCUGGUCUCUGAUUAGUUUUGUUAUGGCAUUAGGUUGCGCAUGGGAAAACGGCGCUGAUUUCAAAGGAAACAACGAAGAAGUAGAAAGUGUUUGAAUAGUAACUUUUAAAAAUAUUGGAAAAUUGACUUCUUUGUGGAGUAAGGGCUCAUAUGCAGCGGAAUCUCAAUGUUGCUUAUCUAAUUGGUCCUCUAGAAGGGAGUGGUUUCUGUCCCGUUCUUGUCACUAUCAUAUCUCGCUUGGUUUACAUGAGUGCCCGGCCAUCAUUCAAACGUUACUUUCGCAGCUUUUGAUUAUCCAGGAUCUAACAGAAACCUAAUAAUUCUGCAAUGUUUAAUUAGUCAACCACAAAAUACCAAAUGGAUCCGCUUAGAUUACUAUAGAUGAAGUCAGUUUUCUUUGAGUUCAGUGAAGUAUAGAUUUACAGCACGUUACCCUUUUCGCAUGCUUUUGUUGACAUAAUGUGAGACAGACCUGCUUUUCGUACAAUUGAUGAUUUAGUUCAGUGUCGACUACGUGAAAUUAGUCGUGAAGGCCAACAAGCGCAAAUCUCAAUCCUGGUUGCAAUUUGUACUUAAGGCAUUCGAAAGAGGUUCCAGUUUGGUUGUACAAAGCUGCUGACAAAGUUAUUCUAAUUUCGCUCAAUAGCUGAUAAAUCCUAGCAUGUGAUACUCAAAAGGAAUAAAAGCUAUAAAGUCGGCAAUAAUAAUUAAGUGAAAGCUGGGAGUUUACAAUAUUAAGGAGCCGCAACUUGGAACUCGAAGCUCUCGUAGGGUCCAAUUUCACAUAAUAUCACCAUCACCAAUUCUACACUCUAGGCUUCUUCCAAUCUAAUGACAAGAAGAAUGAAAUUCAAGUGCAUUUCAAAGAUAAAUUCGACCGGCGCAUUAACAUUAUGAAGACAAAACAUUUACCUGGGUCAACACUGAUACGAGAAUCAACAUUAGAUUAGGUAGAAGUGAAUGUAAUUUAAGGGAGUCAGAAAAUAUUUUAGAUAAGAGUUAAAUUAUGUAUAACCUUAUGGAAAUUUUAUUAGACGGUAGUCAUAUAGAAGAGAAAAAUUGGAAAAAAAGCCAAAAAUAUUUUUAUAGUCAGAACAGAGAUAUAGACACGUAAAUAUGUUUUAAUUAAAAAUUUAAUUCUUCAGCAGCACUUGCGAACUAAUCAAGAAACUUAUUACCUACAUCUAUUUCCUAUUAAGCGUUUCAUCCUUUGGAUAUUGUUCAUUCUUUUAAUUUCUCGUUAGGAUAAUGAAAGCGGCAAAUAAGAAUAAAUAACGAAAGAGUAAGUUGAAAUAUUGUUAAUUUAUUUAAAACGAAAUGAAACUAUAGGUGAUAAACGCUAUAUAUUUAUAUCCAAUGUGGAAUGGAUUACAAAAUUCAUUGUUCUUAUUAUAUCAUAUUUUUUUGAAGUUUUGCUGUUUCUUUGUUGCUUUUAUUUAACUAUAUCAACACUACCAAUUUACAAAUGAUCAAAAGUGAGACAACUUGUUUAGUUAUUUACACUGAAUCUGUAAAAAAAAAAACUGAGAAAAAAGAUAGAAUUGAUGGUUUCACACAUAUAAAAUACAUGCCUUGAUGAGAGAAGUAGUUUGAAAUAUUUAUUAUUAAUAUUAUGAUAACAUUAUUAUAAGAAUGAGGAGAACAAAGAAGAAAAUAAAUUGUUUAAUGAAAAAUCAAAAAGAA